AUGGAAGGAAAAAGAUCGAAUCCCACCCCGCCAAAAAAAGCUGCUUCCAUACAGCAAGGUGGUGAUGCAAAACGCACAAAGAGUGUCCUUUGGCCAGAAUUUGUAGAUAUAGACGCAGAAAAAUGGGAUGCUUCAAACAAAGGAAAAGAUCUUGGGAAAUUAAAAUCUCCGGUUAGCCCACAUUUUGAUGACCCAGAUGGAAAGAUUGAAAUGCCUCCGUCGAUGACAGUGGACUCUUGGAAAAGACCUAGUGAAAUGUCAGUAAAUAAGAAUCUGGUCGUUGUUGAUUUAAACUGUUUAAAUACUUUUGAUCUGGUCACAGCCAAUGAACAUCUCCAUGACAGUGAGGUGAUGCGGCAUAUCAUCAGUCAAAUUAUAGCUCUCUGGGAGAAUUCCACUUUGCCUGCUCCACGUCAAGAAGUUAUCAAUGAUGUGAGCACAUCAACUGUAACUUAUUCCCAUAGUUGGAGGCCUUGGGAACACAUCUAUGCUUUAUGUAAAUCAGGAAAAGGAGCCCACAUGCCUCUUUAUAAUCCACAUGGAAAAUAUGUGGUACGUCUCUAUUUUAUGGGAUGUUGGCGCAAAAUAACGAUUGAUGAUACCCUUCCCUACAAUAACAAGGGCAAGUUGUUAUUACCAACUACAACACAACCAAAUGAACUGUGGCCAUUGCUGCUUGUAAAAGGUCUAAUCAAAAUUGCUUCUCUUGACUACCGAAAUCGUGGUUGCAGUAAUGAAUUUCAUGAUUUUAAUGUACUUCACCAUCUCACUGGCUGGCAUCCAGAGAUUGUGCCAAUCAUGAGCAGUAAUGCAAGUAAAAUAUGGAACUUGUUGACAAAGACAUUGCCAGAAUGGAAAUAUCCCAAUUCUUUGGAAGCAUAUGAUAUAAAGACUAAAGAGGAUCAAGAAAAAGCAAAAAUGUUGGAGUCCACAUUAUCAUUAGGAAUGGAAAAUAUUCCAAAAGAUGCAAAAGAAGAUAAAGAUUUACUACUAAAGCAAUCUUCUGUGGAAAAGACAGACUCAAGAAUGGCAGCAUCAAAAGAUAAAGUUAAAACCAACAAAGACGUCAAGGAUAAAGAUAAAAAAGAGAAAACUGAAAAAGAACGAUCAAAAGACAAAACUCCAAUGGAUGAUGAAAGAAAAGGUUGUAAGAUAUCCACAAAGGACAAUGAGGUUGUAAUAUUUGCCACCUACUGGGCUCCCUGCUGUCCAACAAAAGUAUCCAUGCUUGGAGAAAUGGCCAGUGCAAGUGAAAGGUUACGACAAAUUGGUCUUUCUUACUUGCAUCCCCAUCCAGUAUGGUUGACCCAGACACGUACACUACCUCUUGAACCACCACUUCCAGAAGAAGUUAUUCCACAGUGGAAACUUAUCCGCCCAAGAAAGAAGAAAACAACACCUUCAGAUGAACCUAUAGUGCAUGAAGAAGACCCACCAAUACAAUGUCUGGAACUUGCAUCAGCAUUUUUGAGCUACAAAAUCAAUCCAAUUUCAAUACCAUCAACCAUAACCCGUCCAAAAUCAUACCUGGAAAGAGGAGGAGGAAGAUCUAGGCCAUCAACAGCUCAUCCCAUUGAGGAGACAGAUGAGAGUGUUGACCCAGAGACUUCUGAUAAUGAAGUAUUUGAAAGCUCAACUGAUGAAAAAGAUCACAGUACAUUGUUGACAAUGGAUGAUGAAAAUCAGGACAUUCCUAAAAAGCUUUCAGAGAGCACCUUAACAAGACAAAAAACUCUAAGUAAAACUGAAACAACUGUUGAUCAGAAAAGAAGUAACUCAGAUGAUUCCCAAGAAAAGAUACAAGAUCCAAGUGUGGCAGAUCAAACUCUCUUUUCAGAAAAUGAUGAUAAAACUGGUCAGAAGAAAGAUGAAGAUACAGAACUUUCUGUAGUUCCAGAAGUGACCGGUCCUAAAAAGACAUGGAUUGAUUUUGAACAGUUCUACACAUGUUUCAAGGUUCUCUAUAUAUACCACAAACCAACCAAGUAUCAACAUUAUUCGCAUGUGUCAGAUUUCAAGAUUCAAUCUGCAUGUAACCAGAUGGAAGACAAAUCCAUACAAUAUUUGUUUAUCGAUAGUUUAAAGAGUAGUGAGAUAGUGGUAUCAUUUUCUUCUUUAUCUUGUUGGCAUGAUGCGCCAGUAAGUGUACCAAAGGAGGUACCCACCAAAACCAAAGAAUGUGAAUCAACCACCAGCCCAAAUCCUUGUGCUGCAUCCCCUCCACAUGAACAGGCACCUAUAGCACCUUUAGUCCCUGGUAAUCUGGCGGCUGAACCUUAUUCCUGGAAGAGUUUGGUCAUUGGUUGUCCAGUUCUUAAGCUGCGUACAACAGCAAUACGUGCCGCUGUGCUUACAUUACCUCCUGGACGUCAUGUCCUGCGAUUCUUAAUGACCAGUCCACUGGGGUACAGUGUCCACUUGUUAUCACCCACACCAUUUGUAUUUGGAGAUGAAGAAACUAUUAUGUCUCUUUGUACUAAAGAGAGCUGUCGUUUUGUGGACAAUGCAACUCAAGUGAUUCUUUCCUUAGGAAAGUGCAUAAAGUACUUCUCUAAUAAAGAAGAGUUCCAAAGAGAAUGGGAAAAAUUAAAACCUCUUCACUGUCCCUACCUUAAUGAUAAAAGCAUCUCUAAAGUGCAUCACUUUGAAGUUUUCAAUGAAGCUCUCUACUCGGCUUUGUCCAAAGUUGCUUCUUUCAAACAAGAUGUGAUUUUUGCAUUGAGAGUAAUGACAUUUGAUGCAACUUCUAAAAAUGUGGGACAACAGGAACAAGAACAGGAACUGUCACGAAGCAGGCCAACCACAGCAACCGGCAGCAUCAGUGGAACUGGACAAGAAUGUGAAAAGCUCGAGAGAAAAUAUUCAACAGAGGAAAUACCAGUAGAAGAUCACAUUGCAGCUGUAAAAUUGCAAAAAUGUUGGCGUGGAGGGUUUGUACGAAAGAUCAGAAAUGCAAGAAAGCAUGGAUCUGAAGAAAAUCUGAAAGUAUGGGACAUUAUGAAGAAAUUUUGGGCACAGAUAGAACUGAACAUUGAAGAGAUUGGUCUAGAUUUGUUCAGGACAUUAUUCAAAAUAGAUCCAAGCCUCAUGCCAUAUUUUGAAUUUUACAAAGAUGAAUGGAACAAGAUUGCAUAUGCUGACUAUCAGGGCACAUAUCCUGAACAUCCAGCUGAUUCUUGGUGUGUUAUAUUCAGGGAAAUUUUUAUGGUCACUGAAGAAAUGAUGGUUGUUCCUAAGCUUUACAUUCCUCUAAAGACGUGUUUUUUACGUGUUGUUGACAAUGAUACUGGAAAAGAAAUCCCGCGAAUAUUCAAGCAUGUUUCUCCUGCAAUCUAUCAAAAAAACAAGAGAGGUUAUACAUUUAUGGCCGAAGCCCACAGCUUGGAUCAGCCUAUUAUACCUAACAAGUGGCGGAUACGCAUAAUUGGGUCAUUAAGCCCACUCCCUGCACCACUGAAGAAUGAAGUUAACAGCUGUUUCUUUGUGAAUGAAAUCAAGGAUUAUUACAUCCCCAGUGAAACAUCAUUUUUCAUGAAUUACACAGUCAAAGUCACAGACGAUCAUCUGGCCACCAUCCAGCUGUCAACCUCCAAACCAGAUGCCCUUUUCCAGUUGUGCAUACUUGACCAUGGUUCAAUCAUCUAUCAUGUAGAAGGCAAAGGUCAUGCAGUUCUUCCUGCUGUUAUCUUCUUCAAAGAUCCAGUGGAUGAUGAGGCCUUAAGUGUAUCAAGCUCAAAAGAAUCUCUUGCAGGAAAAGCAAAGCGAAUAGCAUCACCAAUCACAGAGCAUAACUCAUUAACAGGCCCUACAAUGCAAAUGCAAGAGGAGAGUGAAAGAAAGCCCCACAAGUACCAAAUCCAGGCAUCCAUUUUGAGAGACUCUUGGCCUUUGAUUCCUGCUGACUGGCAAUUUGUCAUGUCCCUCAAGGAUAACCUUAGAAAUGAACUUAAGGUCGACUAUAAGGAAGUAUCAACUUCACCUAACCUACGGCAAGACAAAGCAGCAUUUCCACCUCCAAAAUUAAAGGUGGGAAAAGGCAAACCAAUAAAGGAGAUAAAAGAAAAUAAAGAACAGCUCCGUCCCCCAUCACAGCAAUUUGAAAGCAACCGACCUCAUUGGAUAUUACGGGUGGUCAGUGAUAGCAAUAAUGCCGAACAGCUAGAAGUACGUCGGGAUACAUCAAGAGCAGAAGAAAUACGUCAGCUGAAGAAAGCAUGGGAAGAAGCAGAACCUGGACGUGCAGCAAAGGCUGCACAAUCCCGUUUGAAGUAUCUGAAUACACAUUUGAUCCAGGUUGAUGUGGAGAACGAAAUGGAAGAAACAUUGGCUGACCAAACACCCACAAACACUCCACCAAAUGUGCUAGUAAAAGAAAAAGUACCUUUGUUAGACCUCACACCCUAUCUCAAAGAUGAUGAUUUAACAGUACGAUAUGUUGAUGAAGAUCUGUUAAAUGAACGGCAAAAGGAGAAACAAAAUCAAAUUUAUGAAUACCAGAACAAACGACAAUCAGCCAAAGAAUGGAUGAAUAAUGAACUGAAGCACCUACGAUUUAGUAAAGUUCAACAGUUGGAAACAUGUAGACAAAUGCAGUUGGAAAUGGACUUGGCCAGAGAAAAUUUCAAUAGAAAGCGUGAGGACUACCGGCGCAGAGCAAUAGAGGAAGAGGCUGCAUCUUUAGCUGCAGCUGCAGCAGCUCUAGCAGCCAACAAAACAGAAGUGGAAGCAAAGUCAUGA